AUGCCUCCCUCGUCGAACACCCCCCACCACCCGCUGCGGCGCAUCUCCACGGGAUCGCUGUCCUCUCUGGCUCGCUCGACCGACCGGGCAAAUUCCUCCCCGUCCGGCCUCGAUUUUCUGCUGCCCGCACUAACAGACUUGUCAGACGAGGCUGCUACCUUGGCCACCAAUACCUCACAAAUGACCGCACUCCACGAUGCUCUUGGUACAUUCAACGAAGCUUUCGCGGGCUACCUGUAUACGCUCAAGAUGAAUGCUUUUUGUGUUGAAUGGCCAGAGCCCAUUGCCCCGCCCCCAUCAGUAUCUGCGAUGCCUCCCACUCCUCAAUCUAGGCCCUCACAGUCCAAUUCGCACUCAGAGACGCAAGCUUCCGCGAAUGCUGCGGACAUGACAUACAUGACAACGCAUUCGGACAACUCCAUGGAACAGACGCCCCCCGCAAGGCCAAAGUCCAGGGUGGGUGCGGGUGCAGGUGCAGGCGUGAAGAAGGCUCCACCCGGGGCAGCUGGCAAGAAGCCUACAGGUGCUCUCAAAAAGAAGCGCGAAGUUCGUCGGAAUCUGCUACAUCGGCCCCGAAUUACGGACUGA